GAAAGUUUUAAUGGUAAAUGAUAGGUUAUAUUUACGAUAGUUGUAAUUCGAUUUAAGCUGAUUGAAAUAUUUAUUUUAUAUUUUUCGCCUAAAUUCAUUAUGUCGCGGGACUUCUAUUUUAAUAAAUGGAGAGAAACUCUCCUAAGUCUAGAUAAAUUAACGGAUCUUGAUCUGGAAUUUCAGGUAUUGAAGACACACGACCGCAGCCUGAAGGAUGCAAGGCAUCGACUAACUAUGAUAGCAGAUCAGUACAUUCUACUGUAUAAUUCAGCCUCUGAAUGCUUGUACCAGAACCUGCAAGUUCAAAAGACUGUAUACAUGGAUAGUAUUAUCAAAGCUAUUGUUUCAAGAAUAUUGGAACUGAAACGUGAAUUAGAGAAACUUGAAGGUAGUAACAUAGUGUUCUUGGGUCAUGGAACUCCAGAAGUACAUCAUACUAUAUUUGAUGUUGAAAUGAAAAGGAUCCCAAUGGAAUCCAAAAGACCGGAGCAGAUACAAAUUGUGAUGGAAGAAACAAUAGCUAGAGCAAGAGAAAAAAAAGCGGAGUUAGAGAGACUUGCUAAUUUACCUGAAGAACCAGAACAAGUAGAACUCUCGGGAUGGGAAACAGAAAAAGAAAUACAAAAACGAGAGGAAGAAGAACGAAAGAAGAAAGAGAUUGAAGCAAUACCAAUAGAGACACGUCUGAAAAUAAAGAAUAUAUGCAUGAUAGCAGCUCAAGAAAAAACUAGACAAGUCACAAGAUUAAUAAAAGUUGGGAAACUUAGACAUGAAAUGUGGUUUAAGGAACUGACGGGUACUUUGAAACCUCCACCCAGCUUGCAACUCAGGGAUUACAGUGCCGAACUCAUACAGAAAGUAUUUAGAGUAUACUUCAAACUAAAAAGGGAACGCAUUAAAGAUUGCAAACGUAAUGAACUGUUAGGGAUAAAUGUUUGUGAUACGCCCAAUACGGAUAUACAGAGAAGAGCUGCCGAAGAGAUGCUUUACAAUCGCUCCAAAAUACUUACUACCUAUGAAAAGGAAUGGAUUGCUCGACGCGAGAGACUGAAAGUCGAAUACCUUUCAAGGAAAAAAGAUCAACUGAUAGACGAAACCCGUGAUCAAAUUAGAGAAUGGUUUCUUAAGUGGUUUACAGAAGUUCAGUUUUUCUACGACAUACCAAAAGAUGGUGCUGAUGCAAUAUUUAAAGGUUACGUUUUGAGCCCUCAUGAAUGGGUGGAAGAAAAUAAAACGCAGUUAUUACGAAUUGAAGCUGACAAAAAGAAAAGUCCUCAAGAUCUGAAAUUCCAAAAGAUGGAAGCAAAAAGGCAACAGCAAGCGCUGAAAAAAGAGGAACAGAUGAGGAUAAAAGCAGAAGCUUUGCUUAUGAAAAAGAUGAUGAAAAACCCCACAAUGCACCCUGGAUACUAUUAUUCGAAGUCUAAAAAAAUUAGUUUACUAUUAGAGGCAUUGGAUACUUAUCACAAAUCAUGGGAUUAUUAUGAUGAGAAAGAGACUUUAGAUGUGAAAGAAAAGUAUGUGCAUAGAAUUGACGUGGAAGACGCAAUCAAGGAUGCAAAGAUUGAAGUUUUGCCUGAGGUAGAUGAAUACAUGAGGAAAGAACUAGAUAUACUAAAGAAAGCGUUGAAAGAGGACUACAUAGCCAAUGAAGAAGAAAUGCCAGUUAACGUUACAAAGCCCAUCAAAGGUGAAAAGAAACCGAAGCCAAUUAAGCAAGUGUUAACAAAGAAGGUCGUCGAAAUAAUAGAGAAAUUGGUGCUGCAAGAUUUUAUAAUUGAAUGUCCAAAGGUAAAGUUCGAAGAUUUUAUUGGUGAUCCCAAUUUUGGUGGAGAAGAUCUGCGUAGCCAAAUUAGACCAGCAUUACCAUUCAAUUUCGAAAUAAAAUCAUUUUGGUGGGAACGUUGUCGUGAAGUCACUUUCGGCUACCGAAGAAUUCUGCUAGUAGGACCUAAAUACAGUGGGAGAUCUGUAUUGGUGAGGGCUCUGGCAUCUUUGAAUGAUGCAGUACUAUUCGAAUUAAACCCGCGGAAAGUACAAGGAGAAAUGGCUACAGCAUCCUUCCUAAAACAUCUAAUAGAUGACGUAGUAGCGUGUGCGAAAGCGUUGCAGCCUUCUGUCAUACAUAUCAAACAUGUUGAGAAACUAUUUUAUACUAAAACACCACCAGAGGAAGCCGAAAUGAAUCUCGGACUAUUAAAGACGUAUUUUAUAAUUAAAUUAAUGAAGAAGAUUAAAAAAACUGACAAAAUAACUAUAAUUGGUACCUGCACAGACCCAUGGUUAGCAAAAAGUAGCGCACUUCUAAAACAGUUUCCCAUAGUCCUUCUAUUACCUAACAGUAAUUACUCCCUGGUUGUCCAGAUUGUCAAGGAUUGGAUCAUCAGACAUAAGGUCCUGCCAUCCGACUUUAACGUGAGUAACCUGGCUUACGUUGUGCAAGGAUACUCGUAUGGCUAUCUAAACCAAGCUUUAGAGGACUUUAUGUCAGCAGAAAGGAUUGCCAAGAUAGCAGCAUUCGGAGUAUCUCCAAUGGAUGUGUAUAACUUUAUAUUAGAAAACACCAAUGAAACAAAAGCAGAAUACGAGAAGUUCCUUAACUGGUAUACAGAAAAGACACCUUGGGGUAUAAAAGAAGCUCAGCACAUGCAAGAUCAGAAAGAUUUCAUGGCGGCUGUCGAGAAGUAUUCGAAGAAGAAGAAACCAAAGUCUGGGGCAAGCAGUGCCACUCCCAGUCAUACAGGGUUAUAGUAAACAGGGAAAAUG